CUGCUGGUACAGUCUGGUGCUGUUCCCCCUUGUUGUUGAGUUACUACAGAGCUCACAGCCGGAGCCGAGAGACGGAGGAUCGCAGCAUGAAGUGAACUCAGGUGAUUUCCAAGUAUGGAGGAGACCAAGAAUAACCCUGCAAAGCUGAGCAGAACCAAACAGCCGGUGAAAACAGAAUGGGGAGCCCAUUAUAUGGUAUUGACCUACUUCCAAGGAGACAUUAAUAGCAUGGUGGAUGAACAUUUCUCCAGAGCUUUGAGUGUCACCAAAAAUCCGCAGGACCUGAGUAGAGACAACGGUGUCAAAGAUGGCAUUAUUAACAAUGAAAACCACCAAGCUUCUCACGGGUGGGGUCUUCCACCCCACUGGAACAAGCCUUACGGCGCAUCCUCCCCUUUGAAUCUGUGCGCUUCGGAUGGAAACCCAAUUGUCCCCACCAUGGAUGCCUACCAGCCUUCCAUUCUCCAGGGAGCUUCUCCAGCCACCGCUGAGUUCUGGCCGUCGUCUUCUGGGGGCGACCCCCGUUUGACCCCCGUUUCGAGGUACCCCGCCUCCGAUCUGCAUUUGGCCCAAGAGGGCAUGUCGGAUGAGAAGUACGGGUCCCUCCUGGGCCUUUUGGAGCAAGAGAGAUGUUCUCGGCCGGUCCAAGAUCUGCUCGAUUCCCGAUCAGCUUGUCUUACUGGUUCCUCUGGGAUGCAAAAUAUGAGCCAGAGGUACCCCUGCUGAUGGCCAAUUUGCACUUUUUAAACAAAUGGACCCACUUGCUUAUUAUUUUAAGACUUUCUGAGGACUUCGCAGAGCUGUAAUUAAGAAAAGCAGUGAAACGGUAGUGAAUGCUCACCAUUUUUUCUCACCAGAUUUUUUUUCCCCCCACGUGCUUUUCAUUUUUGGAACGGGUAGAACAGUGGUGAAAUUCAUUUUUUUUACUGUAGAUUC